AUGGCGACAGCGGCUUGCGGUACCUUCCAGCUUCGCCAUGGAAGGUUUACUCCCCUCAGAUCCACUUCCCCUUUCAGAGGCACGGCCACCAGAUCCAUCUGUGUGGGCAGCGGCGCCAGCAGCGCUCUCUCUUCCGAUGUUCACUGUGUAAACUCUAGCGGGAGUUGUGAGAACAGAGCGAGGAGGAUGGUGUCGGCCAGGGGGAUGACGGAUGAUCGGGUCCAGAUGGACGAGAAUCCGGAGGGGAUCAUCUCCGGCGAGUGGCCGGAGAACUUCUCCCUCCUCUGUUACGACGACCUCCGGGUCUACCUGGAAACACAGAUCUUCGACGAAGACGUGCGCCUCCUUGCUCUCUCUCUCUCUCUCUAGGUUUCUUUCCCGGAUCCGUUGAAUCUCCAUGUACUUACUCGUACGCGCUGGCUUUCGAUGUUCUUGCCGCAGAUCAAGAGGCCAUCGGUUCUGUUAGGUGACGUGAUGUCCACCACGAUUCGGGCGGCUAUUGUAGAUCAGACGUUGGAGGAAAUCGACCACCAUUUCGAGUUUGUCUCGGGACUUCCCGUGAUAGACCAUGAGCUCCGAUGCAUCGGUGUCAUUUCGAAGAGCGACAAAGACAGAGCCCUCAGUGGGGUGAGCAGCCCAUACUCCUACAGAACUUUCUAGUCGCCGUAUACCACGAUUUUCGUUUAGUCUAAAUUAUGCUUCCAUUCUAGACACUCUCUUCUUCUUUCAAUUAGUCCGUUGCAGUGUAGAUGCUUAGCGUUUUUCCCUUGGAAUCGCCAAGUGCCGAGCAGAAGUUAUGCAGACAUUCCACCCCUUUUUUUUUCCAAGGGCCACGAAGAAAACCGGGGGAAACUGGAAGAAUCAUAUGAAAGUCACAGGAUGUGCUUCAUAAAAUUAUAUUUUAUUAGAAAAUCGCUUCAUUGUCACAAAAGAUAAUGAGGCCACAUUUUUUUCGUACAUUUUUUCCAUAAUUUAUGUGGUCGUGUAUUUCUUAAUUCCCUCCCUCUCAUCGCGGGUGAUGAUUGGCUUGGCUGCAGUUGAAGACCAAAGUGAAUGAAGUCAUGACCUCUCCUGCUGUGACAUUAACUCCGGAGAAGACUAUCAUGGGUGGGUAUCCCGACCUUGGCCCCCUCUUCCUUGCCGCAUCCCAUUAUCCUGGGGAUUUUUCUGAUCAGCCCUGUUCAUAUGCAGACGCUGCCGCUCUGAUGCUCAAGAAGAAGAUCCAUAGGAUCCCAGUCCUCAACAAGGAAGGAAAGGUUAUAGGUGAGAAUCCAAAACAGUAACCAGAUCAAUAGAAACGUUUCUCGAGCAAUUCUCACUCACCAGGAAUCGAUCUUCAUCAUCCGUCAACAUUUUUUUAUUCUACGUACUAUCAGCCGAGGACUUACUGCAGUCGUUCGUCUGUGAUCCAGGGAUGGUUACCCGCACCAAUAUUUUCCAAGCGCUAGAGGCGGUCAUGGCCUGA